AUGCCUAUCCUCGGCAUCGGUGUCGACAUUCUCCACCUUCCUCGUCUCAUCGAUCUAUUGAGUCGAAGAGGAUCCAACGCUUUUGCUACGAGAAUUUUAAGCUCCCAAGAAUUACGAACAUUUCAGUUGCUCUCAGAACAGUUUGGCGAAGGUAAGACCGAAAGAAUUGCACAGUUUUUGGGUGUGCGAUGGGCGGUGAAAGAAGCUGCGUACAAAGCCUUGUAUCCUAUCCGCCCCACCUGGAAGGAGGUGACAUACUUGUCAUUCAAUAGAACCACUGGCGUAAAACCAACACUUGUUUACCAUCCAGUACGCAAUGAUGUCGGACCAGCGAAUAAAUUGCAUGUUUCAGUGAGCCACGACGGAGAUUAUGUCUACGCACAGGUUAUCGCAGAGUCGACGUGA